AACUUCCUGUUAGAUCUACCUGUGAUCCCAAUCGAGUCGACGUUUUAGAGUUUUUCUAAUAAACAAGUCGGAUACCGUUCGGAACUAACUGAACAGCAUAGGGGCACAUACAAAAAUGGAAUUCAAAGAAGGUUUUUCAAUUAAUCAAGACGACAACCUUUGGACUGUAUUUAUUCCAUAUCAGUUUCUUAGUCUUCCAAGCUGUCAGUUGUAUGGCAAAGUUCACAGAAAUUGUCACAGAAUAUAUGUGUUAUCUGUAGGAAUGUUAGAAAAAGAUACAGAUUUAUAUACACAAAUUGUUGGAGAAUGGUCAUGUGACAUUUCACAACAAAUCAGACAUUCAAACAAAAUGUCCGGUGAAAAUGAAAAUAUAUGGAUAUCUGUUUACAAGCUUCAAACAGGACAACUGGAUUGUAAACUGUUAUCUGGAAAGAGUAGAACAUGUGUAGAAUGUAUACUAUUUAAUCCCCAAAAUAUUUUAGAGUCUUACUUUUUACAAUCUUCAGAUAUGAUUCAGGAUAAAAACAACAUGAUUCAGCCACUUGUUAUAUAUUCUACUGUUAUUUGUGAUAACGAGAACCAACAACAUUCAGCUUCAAGUCAGAUUAUUAAUUAUCUGAACAGCAUCAACUUGUCAAACAUCUUUCUACAAGUUUUAACAGUUUUGUAUUCUAUCCUUACAGUAUUAAUUGAUAAUAGAUUUACAAGGACAGGAUUAUUAAAAAGUAUCACAGAAAUUCCAUCUUUUUGUCAGCAUUUAAUUUUAAAGAAAAAAAAACUAUAUUCUGCAAAAACAUCGAAGAACAAACUAUUUGAAACCCAAAAUGUAGUAAGCCAGACAGUAUUAGAUGUGUUAUUAGGCAUCUUAGUUAUGACAUUUCUCACCCAGAAUGGUUGGAUAGACAGCAUUACCACUCACUUUUUUUUAUGGACAGAGAAAGUAGCCAGUGAGUUAGACAUACUGUUGAACUGGUUGAUGGGAGCACCUGCUGGUCUCAAACUAAAUAAACCUUUAACAGAAUUCCUUGGUCAUUUCUUUAUGUACCACAUCUACUUAUGGAAAGGAUAUCUACAUUUAUUGAAGCCGCCAGUAUUCAAUACUUUAUUGUGGUGCUCUUCCUGUGUUGGUGUACUUGGUCUGUCUGCACAAAUUUGUCUUUUAAAGGACAUUAUCUCCACAACUACUUUACACAUUUACUGCUAUUAUGUGUAUGCUGCUAGGUUAUACAGAUUACAAGUGUAUGUGUUAUCUGCCCUUUGGAGGUUAUUUAGAGGGAAGAAAUGGAAUGUAUUACGUAGACGAGUAGACUCAGCAUCAUUUGAUGUAGAUCAGCUGUUUGUAGGAACAUUGUUAUUUACAAUUUUCCUUUUUCUAUUGCCAACAACAGCACUGUAUUAUACAGUUUUCACCUUGUUGAGGAUGGUGGUUUUACUGUUUCAAGGUUUCCUGUCCACAGUUGUUUACGUUAUCAACCAUGUACCUAUGUAUUCUAUUCUACUAUGGGUCAUUGGUUCUAAUAAAGUUUCAGGAGAAAUAUCUUUGGAAGUUGUACCUUCAGAUAAAAAGACAGACUGCCAAGUAUUUUCACUACAGGUUCACAAAGUUCCUCUUGGAAGGAUAAUGAAAAUGUCAUCAUCCAAUCAAAUUGAUUCAAUGUCACAACCAUUGUUGUCAUGGAAACACUUCCUGCUGAAUCUAAUGAAAGGGCAUCUUGUGUAUCCAUGGAUAGAUCUUCAUAAACCAUUAUAA